AAAAAAAAGAAGAAAGAGGGCUGAGAAUGAGAGAACGAGCGGGAGAACUGAGAUUUUCGAUGCGUGAUUUUCGUCCCCUCUCGUCGAUUGCGAAAAUAGUGUUGAUUAACAAUUUCGGCACUCCUCCUCUCGUCAAUAUGCUUUUCGACUGAACUGGUAACCACGAACGAACGAAAAUAUGCUUUUCGGCACUGCCUAGUUUAGUAGAACAACAUAUUUUGCUGCCCAGUUCUACUAUCAUUGAGAAAAACAGAUUUUUCAAAGUAGUGAGAAAAUAGAAGGAGAUCUAUGCUGCCCAGUUGCUGCGAACCUGAUUUGUAUAAAGAUUUAUUGUAAAAAGUUGCAUUCAAUGUUGCUGCAGUAUUUACGUAAAAAGUAAGACCCACUUGGUUUCGUUGUUGAGGUAAAUGGAGAAAGAGAAAGAAGAUGCAUCCCGUAUAACAGCUCCUAUCACCAAUCCAUCAACGCAGGACAUAUCAAGACCACUGUAUCCAAAUUACAUGCCAAGUUACUACGGGCCAGUACCUCAUGCGUGGUUACUACCUUUUGUGCAUCCUCCAAGUGCCAGCCCAUAUCCAUGGAGCAACCAGCAAGACCCAUGGAGCUCUACUGCUGCUGCCACGUCAAGUGCCGCCAUACCAAUGAUGAGACCUCCUCCAACUGCCUACCCAUAUCCAUGGAGCAACCAGCAACACCCAUGGAACACUACCUCUGAUGCCACGUCAAAUAUUGAUGCCUUGAGUAGUUCCGCUAACGUGUCAAGUACUGCUGCCUUGUAUAGUUCCGCCAUACCAAUGAUGGGACCUCCUCCAACUGCCUACCCAUAUCCAUGGAGCAACCAGCAACACCCAUGGACCUCUACUUCCGCUCCCACGUCUAGUUCUGCAAGUAGUGUCAGCUCUAGUGUAGCUGCCAGUUCUAGUGUACAAACAUGCGCUAGUGUCGCUGCUAGCUCAUGUUCGGCGUUACCAACAUUUGUUACUCCAACUUCUACCAACACAUAUCCAUGUGGCAGUGAGGAAAAUAAAGUGCAACAAAGUAACUCUGUUGAAGAAAUUAGUGAGGCCACAUUAGACUCGAUAGAAGUUGAAGCGCAAUCUACUACCUCUUUGGGUAAUACAGUUGAUACGAAUGAGGCUGGCACUGAUGGGGGUGAUAUAACUGAGGAGCCAAAGCCAGGGAUGCGCUUUGAGUCGGAGAAUGAGUUGAUGAAUUACUAUAAACAUUAUGGAAAAUGAUGUGG